AUGCCGGUUGAUGACUUAUUAUCUUCCAGCCCCAAGUCAUUAGCCACCAAUAAUAUUUGUUUAGACGGAUACAUAAUAUCAUCUGCAUCCAAACUUCAAAUAUUUAACGUGACGUACUCUCAACGCGGAAAAUAUGUUUGUAUCGCUAGAAAUUACAUUGGAGGUGAAGAAAGAAUUCAUAAAUCAAAAGCAAUAACUCUGAAUGUCUUUGGACCACCUAUUGGGACAGACAUCAGAACAGCUGAGGGCUGGCAAGGCAGUACAGCAAGCAUGCAAGCGACGGUAUGUUCCGAUCCGUCACCGACUAUGGCCUACUGGUUCUGGGGCCGAUUCCGAUUAGAUGUACCUUCAGAAAUUGAUCGAUAUAAGGCAUUUCGAAAAGGAGGCAUAGAAGACUGUUACCUUUAUACACUGUCAAUACGAGACGUUCAAUCUUCUGAUGCGGGAGAUUACGUGCUGCGCGUAGGAAAUGACAAAGGAUUUUCAUCACAUAAAAUAUCCUUAAAAGUACACGAGACAACUAACGUGACACCACUGAUCGCAGUAGUGCUGGUCUUUGCAGCAUUGCUGGUGCUACUACUGUGCCUCAUAUUGCGAUGUCGACGGAAGGGAGAUACACAUUACAGAAUUACUAAACUUGACAGGUACGCAGAACAUCUACACGCGAGUACAGCAUGCAGUCAUCGAAGUCCAAUAAUGCAUAUAUCAAGACUCCAAGCCAAAGCUGAACAAGAAAUUGAAGAGAAUCUCUACAGUUCACCAAUAGCGUUACAAACGCGACAUCCCAGAAUCACAUUACAGCCACAUUGAAAAAAGAUGAAUAUGUA